AUAGAAUGAGAUUUUAAAAAGGCAGUAUUUUGAGUUCAAAGAUGGUAGCCAUAUUUGGGGAGGGCUCCAGAUGGAACGUUUGGGAGCCCACCUUUCCGUUUAUCCUAAUUCCCAUUGCCACUUUUUCUUAAAAAAAUUUUUUAAUUGAUUCAUGUUUUUGUUUAUGAUAAAUUUUCGAAAUUCCUAAUCUUUUUCUUUUUCCCCUUCUCGCCGGAGAUCAAUCUCUUUUCUUUGAUUCAUGUUUUUUUCUCCAAUGGGCAGAGAAGGAAAAGGGGAAGGAAAAUUUAAAGUAAAAAGAUCUUUUUUUUCUUUCUAGAUUUUCAAAUUUAGAUCCAUUUGGGAUCAUUCAGGAAAAGAUAUUGUUGCAGCGAUAAAAUUUUUUGAAGAUGGGAGCAGAGAGUACCUCGAAAACGACCCCCGAAAGUGAAGAUUGGAACAAGAAGUACGAGACCCAGGUGGUGUUAAACGUUUAUGAUCUCACCCCUGCCAACAAUUAUUCUUAUUGGUUUGGUUUUGGGAUUUUCCAUUCGGGUAUUGAAGUCCAUGGCAAAGAGUAUGGGUUCGGAGCUCACGACUUCCCCGCUAGUGGAGUUUUUGAAGUAGAACCAAAGAGCUGUCCGGGUUUUAUAUACAGAUGUUCUGUCACGUUGGGACAUUUUGAUAUGCCCCCCUCUGAAUUCAGAACGUUUAUUGAAACUAUUGCUUCUGAAUAUCAUGGAGAUACAUAUCAUCUUAUUUCCAAGAACUGUAAUCAUUUCACGGAUGAUGUCUCAUGCAGAUUGACUGGGAAAAGGAUACCUGGAUGGGUUAAUCGGCUUGCUCGAAUGGGUGCUUUGUGCAGUUGUUUGCUUCCUGAGAGUCUUCAAGUAACUACUGUCAAACAAUUGCCCGAGUUCCACGAAUACUCAGAGGAAGAAUGCACCUCCGAGUCUUUGUCACUCAACACUCGGCAAGUCUUGGCAGAAGUCGAUGACGAUGAAGAGAGGCGGCUGCUGACACUAUCACCUGGAAUUACUGACGUUGCUUUUGUCAAAGAAUCUCACAACUGAAGGAGUAGGCAGUCAGUCUCUUCUAUUGCUUACAAAUCUCAUCCCAUGCGCUCUAUGAUCUUGUCUCCAUUGCAAAAGUAAAAUCUGUUUCGCUUCUUUGUAUUAAACGUUUGGAAAUAGAAUGUUUUUGUUAUGUAGAUGUUGAUACUUUCAAGCUUUAAUUGACCCAGGAAAGUAUAGAGAUCAAUUUGUAUGUUGUUUUAUUUCCAUAUCCUUAGAAAUGAUGACACUAUUGUCUCAAUUUGCAAAACAAUUCUACAAUAUUGAGUUUGAAUAUCAUAAUUAUAUC